AUGGCGUCGGCAAUUCCUUACGAUCCCAACGAAUUCGAGGAUAACAAUCCAUUUGCAGAGCCUGAGGUGCAUCAUGUGACGCCAGCCGUUCAACCGGGCCCCCAAGUCUCCGAUGAACCAAUCCCUGAGGAGCCUCACAGUCAACGUAGUACAACCCCAGACCAACAAGGAAAACUCACUGAAGAAGAACUACAUAAACUUUUACCAGAGAGAUUCUCCUCCAAGUACAAACUCAAAAUUGCUUUAAUCAACAUCGAAAAGAACAAACCUGGAAAUCCGAUUUUAAAGUUCAAUGCCGAAGUUCAAAACUUACCCAGGUACAGACAAGCCAAAUACAAAGAAAUUCGUCGAACGUACCAGGAAAUUGUCAAAUUCAAUAAAUAUUUGACAGUUUCUAACUUGGAAUGCUUUGUUCCUCAAAUUCCUUCUGUUCAAACAUCAUACCCCACUGGUGGAGAAGAAGAGACCAAACAAUUGAUGAUAUUGUGGCAAGAAUGGUUCGAUAGAAUCACUAGAAAUCCUAUUAUUAUUCGAGACGAAGAGUUUGUAUAUUUCCUUGAAAACGACUUUGGUUACUCGGUUAUCAACUCCAAUAGAAAAGUAUCAAUUGCCAGUGGAUUAGUCCGUAAGACUUUGAAACAAUUGGCAGUGCCAUACGAUGCCUAUGAAGAACUAGUUGAAUUCCGACCUUUGAUUAAAGCAGCAUAUCUCAGUUGCCAAAAGCUCGAGAAGCUUUUGGAGAAAAACUCGAAAAUGGAGAAACAACAUGCUGCCUCAAUUGGAGAUUUAUCCCAAAAGUUAGCCAAUCUUUCACAGGUUGAAUUUAUUCACCCAGGCAUGAAAAACAUGUGGGAAAAACUUUCGAAGAUCAAGCUCAUAGAGGCCGAUUUAAUUCUCAUUCAACUGUAUAAUGAGAUGGGGACCUUGGGAGAUGGUCUAAGAAUUUUUGUUGAAGACUUCUAUCAAGUUAAAGAAGCAUUGACGAACAGACACUUGAUAAUGAGAGAACUCGUUCAAGCUCAGCAACAGACAAAGAUCAAACACUUGCAUGCGAAUAAGAUGAAGAGCAAAUCGGCCCUUGACCCUAUUAAAGUUGACGAAGCAUUAAGAUCACUUGAAUUUGCUACUAAAGCAGAAGAAUCGUUGACCCUUCAGGUGAAGAGAAUCUCUGGGGAAAUGAUCUUUGAAAAAGAUGAGGUGCUACAGCACACGGAAUUGAAAUUCCACAAGCUCUUAAAGAACUACACUUUGAACCGAGUAGACCAUCAUCGCAAGAUCUUGAAGCAUUUGGAAAACAUCCGUCUUGACAUUCGUAUUGUGGAUGACAAAGGAGGUUUGUCCCGUCUUAACCGGGAAAACUUGAGCAACUUAAAGCAUAAUCUCUUGCAAUCCCAACUGGCCAGUGGAGACUCCUGGUCCCUGAGAACUUUCCGGUCUCUAAGCGAAGAGCAAGACCUCAAGCAAAAGAAGGAACAGGAGAAGAACGAAGCUGCCGAAACAGAGGGUAAAGAAUCUGAAAUCGAUAAUGUGGUCGAUGCCAAAAAUGCUGCUCACUUACUAGGGGUAGCUACAUUCUAG